AUUUCUUGAAAUUGAUUUGUUUAUGCUGGAUUUUCUGUGUAAUUCAACAAUUUUGUAUGGAUAGUAAUCAGAGUCUGAAACAAACACUUUUAAAACAUUAUAAAUGUUAAUUUUGUGAAUGUGUAUUAUGUACAGAAAGUGACCAGGAUUUAUGUGUAGACAAUGUAAUUACUGGACACUUAAAGGUGUGUGAAAGAUGCUGUGUUAAAUGUCUGUGUUGUUGAGAUGGGGAGAUCAAUUACACCAGUGAUUUUAGGGUAAUUUUACACAGGAUAAACACACACCAUUUUGGACAGAAACUAUUUGGAUUAUGAAUUGGACUUGUAUUCUGUAUGUUGUUUGAAUUUUUGUGUGUUUUAACUUGCAGUGGACUAAAUGGGAUGCUGACUGUGAUAUUGUUAUCAGAACUUUGAUGCCCUUGACCUCUUGUAAGGGUUUCCCAGCUGAUGGGCUUGCAGAGAAAUGAAACACCGUGGGCUAUACCUUCCAUUCUGUGACAACAACAACUUCUCAUCCAGUAACUUAUUUACAUAUCGAUUACAGUCUGGUAGCAUGGCAAGUAACGGUGGAGACUCAAUGGCACCUGACGAGAUGUACCUCAUGCUUCAAGCUGAUAUGGUCAGCAUAAAGCAGCAGGAACAGAUAUUACAAUCAGAGAUUGAAGAGAUUGCUACAAAAUUCCAUAACCUUCUAGAAACUUGCGGUAUUGACUCAGACACGGGCUCUGGAACUAUGGCGCCACCAUCAACUCCUUCCUUUUUAAAGACAACCUCAGGGUCACUGACACACGUCACAAAUCUUGAAACUCCUACAUUCCUGAAGCAGACGCCAGGAAGAACAACAUAUUCUCUGUCAGACAGCAGCGAUGAUGACGAGUCACGUUCGAUGUUCCCCGACUGCAUGGUUGAUGCAGUCGUCAACAAAACAGAUGGUCUUCCUCUAGAUAUUUCUACCCUCUCCAACAAAACAUUGGUUGUUGACAGAAACUCUAACUACUUAGAUUCUCCUCACAAUGAGUCUAAUGAGAACACACCUGUGAUUGAGGCUAUUCCAAGUCUAGAGAAAAUCUCGCCAACAGAUUCUACAACUUCUACAUCAUCAUCCAGCAGUAGCUCACACAAAAUGUCGUCUUCUGACGGAUACCCAAAGUCAGAUGAAUCUUCAGACAAUCAAAUAGUGCCUGAGUGUUAUGACCUUGAUAAGGAAUUUAUGUAUAGACUUAAGUAUUAUUCAGACUUUACUCUUGAUCGUCAGAGAAAGAUAAACUCUAUGGUUGCUAGUUUUGGGGGCGCCUCAGAUGGUGCUCCUUGUGCCGUGACUGAAGACAUUUUGACUCGUCAUGUUGAAGGCAAGGAAUCUUCUCCAGAGAAACCAGUGUUUGUGAAACCUGUAUUACCGCCACCAUCAACAAGUUCUGGUUCUGACUAUGUUUCUACACCUACUUCACGUCAUCAUUCACGUAAGGAACGUACUCGUCGUCAGUCAAGAACCAGCAGAAAACGCUCAUCUCAACCUCUUGCCUCUUCUACAAUGCUUGAUGACAGUUUCUCCUCAUCUGGCAGUAGUCGUGGUAGUCACAGAGGAAGUUCACUUAUUCCAAAAGCUUCCUCAACAAUGAUUUGUGACUCUGGGUCUUCAAGUGGUAGUAGUCGUAGGAAUCGUACAAAUGGUUCUAAUCCUCGUGCUUGUUCAACAAUGCUUAAUGAAUCGUUCCUCUCAUCAGGCUCGGCUGGAUCUAGUGGUAGCAAGCACCGUAGUUCAUCAAUUCCAAUGGCAAACUCUACAAUGAUUCAUGAUCUUCCUGAAGCAAUUCCAUAUGUUGGUGAACCAACAAUUUCUGUCAUCAGACAUCAUAGUGACACAAAUCUCAAUAGUGAUAAUGACUGUGAAAGUGUUUAUACCUGGUCUAUUCAUGAUAGUGACAAUGGCUCAGAUAGGGAUAUUAGUUUGGAAGAAUCUUAUAUGCGUAAAGUAACUAAUAGUGCCAGGAAAACCUCCAAUAAACCACCUCUGCCACCAUGUAAGCGUGUUCGUAGUGGGAGUAUUAGUUCUCGAGAUAGUGACUGUGAAGUUAAAUGCCAAGAUCAUCAAUUACAUAAACUUCUUGGUGAACCAUGCUCAAAAACAAUUCUUGAAUCAGUCUCUGCCAUUGAACCAAGUGAAACUUGCCGGGAAGGAAUUUUAUUUGUUGAAAGUUUAUGUGAUGAAACCACCUGUGCUGUGCCAAAAUCAAACACUAUUCCUCGUUCAAGCACGCGUGUCAAACUACAAGACAAAUCAAGUGGGAGCUCAUCAAUGGAGGCAAGAAGGGCAUCUUUGCCAGAUCUUACCAGUGUAUGCACAUCAAAUAAUAAUGACGAUGUAAGUGUUCAUGACUCUAGUUGUAGUAUAAGUGAGGAUGAUAUCACAGCAAUGUCGGAACGUCCCGACGUUCAGGGAAAAUCUAGCUCAAGCAAUGACAAUCCUAAUGCAGGCGGAAUAUCUCAUGGAAGUGCUAAUGUUGACUCAAUUCUUACAGACAGUCCCACUAGUGUAUGUAGUAGUGGUAUUAACGCACCAUACAAUUCCCCAGGAACCAAUGCCAGUAGUAGUUCACGUGUAAGUUGUUCUACUACCAGUGACGCACGAUCCUCAGACUCUAACAUUAACACUCGUGCUCCACCAGUCACACUCGUACCCAGAAAUAUUCCAGUGCCUCAAAAUUCCCCCAAAGUUCAGAACAUUGAAAUCCCAGCAAACACAGAAGGUGCAGUGUUUAAGGUCCCAAAACAAACUCAACCUCUCAGAAACUUGUUCAGAUUUAGACGUAAGAGCAAAACUCCCGAUAUGAAAACAUCAACUCCAAAAGAAUCUGUUAGAGGGGCAAAUAUUCAGACACAAAGCAAACGUCAGUUAUUUCCAUCCAAUGGCACUGCCAAUCUUCAGAGUGAGGCUAAAGUUAUGGACAAAAAAGCUGUGAUUCGUAAAUUUAAGAAAUUUAGUGACAGCUUUAGACAGAGAGAUCGCUCAGGGAAACCACAGAUUCAAACUCUUGCAAAUUUGUAAAAUUGUUGUAUAUAUGUUAUUUGAUAAAUGAUGAACAGUAUUAUUGAUAUAUUGCCUGUGCAAUGAUGCAAAUUAUGUUUGUUCAGUUUUGUUUAUGCAUUUGACUCUAAUUCUUACCGAAUUUUAGUGCUGAAUAUUGACUAAUCCAUUCACAGUUUUAAAUUAACAUAACAUUAAUAUCUUUUAUGUUUUAUUUUGUAAAUUUCAAAAGGGAAAUAAUAAAUUUUUUUAAAACUUUAAUCAAUGUUUUGUAAGUUUUUAAGUUAUUAUUAAAGAAAUUUUCAGUUUUCAAUUUGUUUUUAUCUAAUACCUUAAAGUAAAGAUCAGAAGAUAAUGAAAAAAAUACCAAUUUAGUUUCAUUUUGUUUUUAUUGUAUAUCUUAAAGUAAAGAAUAAGAAAUCGUAAUAAUUUAUGUUGUUUCCUUAUGUUCAGUUGUUUAGUAGUUGCAUAUGUGUAAAGAUAAAUGUGUAAUUGUAAUAUGUGUAGACAAAUGAUUACAUGAAUAUUUAUUACUGCAGUGCUGCUGUAUAUUGUUAAAGAUCAGAGUAAAUAAUUAUAUAUAUGAAAUUCA